UGUUCAAUCCAACAGUGUGUUUUUAUUAGCUGUAUUAGGGAUCUGCUUGUUCAAUCCAACAGUGUGUUUUUUUUAGCUGUAUUAGGGAUCUGCUUGUUCAAUCCAACAGUGUGUUUUUAUUAGCUGUAUUAGGGAUCUGCUUGUUCAAUCCAACAGUGUGUUUUUAUUAGCUGUAUUAGGGAUCUGCUUGUUCAAUCCAACAGUGUUUUUAUUAGCUGUAUUAGGGAUCUGCUUGUUCAAUCCAACAGUGUGUUUUUAUUAGCUGUAUUAGGGAUCUGCUUGUUCAAUCCAACAGUGUGUUUUUAUUAGCUGUAUUAGGGAUCUGCUUGUUCAAUCCAACAGUGUGUUUUUAUCAGCUGUGUUAGGGAUAGCAACAUUGAAUAGUUCAGAUCCAAUGUGUGUGUCUGAAAUGGUGCCCUAUUCCCUAUAACGUGCACCAAUGGGGCUCUGGUCAAAAGUAGUGCACUACAGGAAAUGCAUUCCAUUUGGGAUGAAGCCUGUGCAUAGUUUUGCUAUUUUUUUUGAAAUGACAUGUUUUGGUUUUUCAUGUUAUUGAGGGGCUGCAAAGCAGGCUUUGUCCAAGUGGAUGGGGAGCUGCAUUUUUUUCCUGUGGUUGUGCUUAAUUUUAUAAAUGGCAUAUAAAGACUCACAAGACAACAGAAUAGAGCCUCACCAGGAAUGUGUGUGAAUGUAUAGGCUAUUUUUCCCCAAGGUCUCACAGCAUAGAUCACCUAUUUGCCUGACAAUCAGACUGUGAUACCUAUGGUACACAGUCUGAGAUUAAUGCCACACAUUUGUUUGGAAAAUACAUCUCACAAGCCAGAAUGUUGAAUACAAUUAUAUUUCAUCAUACUUUUCCGGUUGUUCUUGUGGUUGGUCCUUUGGCGGGGAGGAAGGUGAGACCAUAUAUCCACAGGAAAGUAUAACUUUUUAAAGCGCAGGUAGAGUUCAGAUUUCUGACACCUGAAACAUGUGCACGAUAUGAGAAUCCAUGGACGAGAUGCAUUCCUACUUGCCGAGAUCGUGCAGGUGUUUACAUGGUUCUUUCUGCGCAUGCUUCAGGUGAUAGAAAUCUGAACUCACUACCAGCGUUUUGAAAAAACGUUGAUCUAAUUAUACUUUCCUGUGGAUAUAUUGUCUCACAUUCAUAACUCCAAAAGGACCAACCGCACAGACAACCUGUAAAGCAAGUUAAAAUAUAAUUGUAUUCAACUUUGUCUUGAAAUAACUUUCCUGAUCCAAACACUAAUUUCUGCCCGACAUAAGAUUCAAUUGCAAUUCAACGUCGGGUCUUCAGGCUAAUCACACCACUGCAUGGUUACAAAGCCAAUGUGAAAUCCAGAAAUCCCAUAUAAAAUUGAUUGCCAUCGGUGACGUUUAAUGUUCGUGAGAAGGAUGGUAUCCCAAAUGGUACACUAUUCCAAGGAUGGUAUCCCAAAUAGUACACUAUUCCCUAUGUAGUGCAAUACUUUUGACCGCGCUGAACUAUUUUGGGAAUAGGGUGCCAUUUGAGACGUAAAAACUACACUGUGUGUCUUGCUCUGCGCCCUCUUCUGUUGCUUGGGAAAAGCCAUCUCACAAGGUUAUGAAAUGAAUGCCAUCUUGGCUCAACGGUGGAGCGCGUUUUAAUCGGGGCUCAGUCACCAUUCGGAUGGGUUGAGCCAAGAUGUCGCGCCUCUGCCGCUCCGGUAACCUUUCCUCAUGUUAACGCUUGGGGGAGGAAGGAUUCUUGAGUGCUGUUGCACAACUAUUACUUUCCGACUUCUGCUGUUCGAGUCUGGCAACAACUGAACUGUAAGUGGUGUGGUUUAGCUACACGGGGAGACUUGUAAAAUAGAAUUGAAAGGCGAUUGUUUUCGGCUACCUGUGUGUGAGUGAGAGAAUGAGGGAUACCAACGGAAUGAUUUCGUGGCACUACGCGUGAUGAUGGGGAUUCCUCCAGUAUGGGCGCUUGGCGCUGGCCAGACUGGGUGAGGACGUGAGGCAGAGAGAGAGGUCUGCAGAGAGAGAGGUCUGCAGAGAGAGAGGUCUGCAGAGAGAGAGGUCUGCAGAGAGAGAGGUCUGCAGAGAGAGAGGUCUGCAGAGAGAGAGGUCUGCAGAGAGAGAGGUCUGCAGAGAGACAACUGCUACCUGGGACUGCUGCAGGAGAGGACCUCUGGGCAGGGGAGAGAGAGAGAGGCAGGUUGCUGCAGCGUGUCUGGGUGGAGGUACCUGACCCAUGGAGAACUACUUCCAGGCAGAGGCCUUCAACCUGGACAAGGUGCUGGACGACUUCGAACAGAACCAAGAUGAUGAGACGGAUGGUCCCACUCUGUCUGACGCUAAGUGGAGUCAGAUCCUGGCCCCUCCGGCCCACUUCCUAUCUCUGAACCCUGCCCUGGCUUUGACCCCUGACCCAAGGGACGGGGACAGUCCCCUCCCCUUCAAGACCCUCCCGGCCCCCGACCCGUCCUCUAGCGAAUCCCAGGGGCCUGACACCAAACGCCACCCAGCUGCCAAGCCUCCGUCCUGGGGAGAGGAGAGGCCGGACCGCCCUGCGGACGUCCACAGCCCGCCGCUCCCCCAACCCAACAUCGGUAAGCUGGUGGGGGGUGAGGAGGGCUUGUCUCCCCCUGUGCCGGCUUCCUCUAGCCCCCCUCCUUACCACCUCCUAGCCCUGGAGAACGGCUGCUCCUCUACCAGCCCCUCUAGUCCAGCCAGCCCUGCCCUCAACGGGCUCAGUGAAGAACCCUGCGAGGGUAACCAUACAAGGGUGACCCCUGUUAACCCUUCAAACCACCACCAGCCCCCCGCCCCCUCUGACCCACGUCCCGAUGCCCCUGUGGAGGGUAGGGGCGGGGAGAGGAGUGGUGGAAGCUCCCACAUUAGUCAAACACACUUUACCCAUGAGGAGAAGCUGGGAGGGGACAGACGGGUAGCAGUAGAGGAGUCAAACCCCCGGCUGGAGCCAGAGAGCGCUUGGGCUGGGUCACCCAUACAGGAGAGUGGCAGAGAGGAGGCUGAAAUGUCUGGGGGACAGUCACAGGACACUGGGGAGAGAGGACAGAGGACGGGAGGCUGGAGAGGAGGAGAACAGGGGGAAGCCUCUGGGGAGAGAGGACAGAGGACGGGAGGCUGGAGAGGGGGAGAACAGGGGGAAGCCUCUGGGGAGAGAGGACAGAAUGAAGGGAGGAUGGAGGGACUGAGAGGGAGGAAAAAGGAGUGUAGGAAGUCUUCUCAGAAGGAGAAGAAAGGAGAGAUGGCGAAGAGGGGAGGUCAGGAUGGAGAGAUGUCUCUCACCAACGGCCUGGCUACUACAGGAGGACGAGAGGAGAGGGGGAGCAGAGCGGAGGGGGAGGGCUGGUCUCUCACCCCUCCCCCCUCCAAGGAGGACUCCGUAACAGAGGAGAAGGAGAUGGAGGAGAGCAAGCAAGAGAAGGAAGGAGGAGGAGGUGGUAGCUCUUUCCCCUCCAAACUCAACAACAGUCGUUUGCAGCCGGUGAGCUUGCCGUUCGGCGGGGCACGUCCUAAACAGCCGGUCAGUCUCAAACUCCAGAUCCCCCGGCCCCUAUACGAACAGGUCCAGAACCAGCUAGAACCUUCUGCCAACACCGCCGGCAGCAUUACCAGUGGCGGCAAGAACAAGAACCUUGAAAACCGUGGCAGCGCCGAAGUCACGGAUACGGCAACUGUAGUUGCCUUGGGCGACCCUGGUGGUGGUGGUGGUGGUGGUGUUGUGAAGGGGAAGUUGCUAAGCGGGGAGUGUCAGACAUCGUCGUUGGGCCUGGUGGUGGCGUCAGAGAGCAGCCCGGAUAACGACUUUCAGGCAGGGCAGCACCACCAGGGGGCUCUGCCCAGGAAACAGCUCUCCUCCCUGGGGGAUGUGGCCCCUGUGUGGGUCCCUGACUCCCAGGCUCCAGUCUGUAUGAAGUGUGAGGCCCGCUUCACCUUCACCAAGAGGAGGCAUCACUGCAGGGCCUGUGGAAAGGUGUUCUGUGCUGCCUGCUGCAGCCUGAGGAGCAGACUGAUCUACAUGGACAGGAAGGAGGCCAGAGUCUGCAUCAUCUGUCACUCUGCCCUACUGAGUGCUCAUUCGUGGGAGGGUACGUGUGGCGGGUCUAACCCGAGUCCUAACCCCAACAACCCAGCAGAGUACUGCAGUACCAUCCCACCUCUGCAGCAGGUCCAAGCCUCAGGGGCGCUGGCCUCCCUUCCCACUGUCAUGGUCCCUGUGGGGGUCCCUAAAACUCCCGGCUCAGAGGGGUCCCUCGCGCGUGAGCAGAGGAGGGUGUGGUUUGCAGACGGGAUCCUACCCAAUGGGGAAGCAGCGGAAUCCCCCAAGCCCCACUCGCAAUGUUCCAACAAAUUCUCUGCUGCUGAUUCGUCAGAGGCGUCGUCCCCUGCCCCUGCAGCCCCAGUGGGAAGCCCUGUCGGCAGCUCGGUCAGUCUAAUUCCGGAGGACGGCCUUCCACCCAUCCUCACCUCCACCGGAGUUAAAGGAGACUAUGCGGUGGAGGAGCGUCCCUCUGAGAUCAUUCUGAUGCAGCAGCUGGAGGAAGGAGGUCCUGACCCGCUGGUCUUUGUGCUUAAUGCCAACCUGCUGGCCAUGGUCAAACUGGUCAACUACGUAAACAGGAAGUGUUGGUAUGUGACCAGUAAGGGGAUGCAUGCAGUGGGCCAGGCUGAGGUGGUGGUGCUGCUGCAGUGUCUGCCUGACGAGAAGAGCAUCCCCAAAGACCUCUUCAGCCACUUCGUACAGCUCUACCAGGAGGCCCUCACAGGUAAGGUCCUGACCCACCUGGGCCACUCGUUCUUCACCCAGAGUUUCCUGGGCAGCAGGGAGCAUGGAGGGUUCCUCUACGUCUCCCCGUCCUUCCAGGCCCUCCAGGACCUGAUGCUCCCCAACCCCCCCUACCUGUUUGGGGUGUUGCUGCAGAAGUGGGAGACCCCCUGGGCCAAGACGUUCCCCAUCAGGCUCAUGCUGCGGCUGGGCGCCGAGUACAGAUUCUACCCCUGUCCUCUGUUCAGUGUGAGGUUCAGAAAACCCCUCUUUGGAGAGACCGGCCACACCAUCAUGAACCUGCUAGCGGACUUCCGUAACUACCAGUACACGUUGCCCAUGGUGAAGGGCCUGGUGGUGGACAUGGAGGUGAAGAAGACCUGCAUCAAGAUCCCCAGCAACCGAUACAACGAGCUGAUGAAGACUAUGAACAAGUCCAAUGAGCACGUCUUGGCCAUGGGGGCGUGUUUCAACGAGCGGGCCGACUCCCACCUGGUGUGUGUUCAGAACGACGACGGAAACUACCAGACACAGGCCAUCAGCAUUCACCACCAACCACGCAAAGUGACCGGCGCCUGCUUCUUUGUGUUCAGCGGUUCUCUAAAGGCAGGACACCUGGCCAAGACCAGCAUCGUAGAAGAUGGUGUGAUGGUGCAAAUCACAGGAGAAACUAUGGACGCUCUACGGCAAGCCCUGAGGGACAUGAAGGACUUUAGUGUCACCUGUGGUCUGGUAGACCAGGAGGACGGCCAGGAACACGUUCACAUACAGUGGAUAGAUGAUGACCUCAACUUCAAUAAGGGAGUGAUCAGUCCUAUCGAUGGGAAGUCUAUGGAGUCCAUCACCAGUGUGAAGGUCUUCCACGGGUCAGAGUUCAAGGCCAAUGGGAAGGUCAUCCGCUGGACAGAGGUCUUCUUCCUCCAGAGUGACGACCAGACCCAGCCCAACGGUCUGAGCGACCCUGCUGACCACAGCCGCCUGACGGAGAACGUGGCGAGGGCGUUCUGUGUGGCGCUGUGCCCGCACCUCAAACUGUUGAAGGAGGAUGGCAUGGCCAAGCUGAGCCUACGGGUCACCCUCGACUCAGACCAGGUGGGUUACCUGGCAGGCAGUAACGGCCAGCCUCUCCUCCCACAGUACCUGAGCGAUCUGGACAGUACCCUGAUCCCUGUCAUCCACAGCGGGGCAUGUCAACUCAGCGAGGGCCCCGUCGUCAUGGAGCUGGUUUUCUACAUCCUGGAGAUGAUCUCCUAGGAGACGGACGCACCGCCUGGCAACGGACCGCCUAGCAACGGACCUGCCCCACGUCUCCUGGUUCUCCCUCCCUCUCCCUCUCUCUCGGCCACCUCCUCUCUUUUUCCCCUCCAUUCUGCCUCUCGCUCCCGCCUCCUGCUCUUCCAUCCCUUCAGCUAGCUAAUGUUGCUAUUCCCUUCACCAGACAGACAGCUAGCUCUGCUGGUUAGCUACCAGCUAGCUAAUGUUGCUAUCCCUUCACCAGACAGACAG